GGCCGUUCGUUCCAGAGCGCGCCGCCAUCUCCUGGAACCUUCCCGCUGUUCUGCCUUGCGCACCAAGUUUGGAUAUUUAUGGUCCGGAGGAGUUGGGUUGAGCAGGAGCAGGAGACGUACGGCCGGAGCCCGGAGGGGGUUUGUGUUUGGUCGGCUCGCGAGGAUGGCGGUAGGAGAUCGAGAAGCAGCUGCCGUGGGGAUGACGAGCGAGGGGGUGGAGGUGGAGAAGGAGCCAGCGACGCUGCUUCCAUCGCCGAGCGUGCCCAGGAAGAAGCAAACUCACGCCAAGAACAGCGACACGCCCGACGCCGGCGGUGCUCGGCGGGCUCCGCGAGCGAAGAGGUGUCCAAACAGCUACCGCGGCGUGCGGCAGCGCCGGUGGGGCAAGUGGGUCUCCGAGAUCCGCGAGCCCAACCGCGGCAAGCGGCACUGGCUGGGCACGUUCGACAGCGCCGUCGACGCCGCCCUCGCGUACGACAAGGCCGCCGCGGCCAUCCUCGGGAACCGUGCCGUCCUCAACUUCCCGGCAUCCAGCCCUCUUGCCGCCGCCGUCGCGCCGGAGCAACGUGAAGCCCCGUGCUGUUCUUCUGCCGCCGCCGUCCCGGCCGCGGUCUUCGAGGAGGAGCAUGCGGUGAAGCCGGCGGUGCUGCCCCUGAUGCAGGGUGGUGCCGGCGGCACGGAGACGAAGGCGCGCCACUGGGAAUGGGAUGCCGCGUCUUGGCCAGCGCAGGGGAUGUUCCAGUGUUUGGAUGACAUCGCCAUGUACCUCGAGCUCGAUGCUGUGAAGACUGAGGAUUGCCAGGUUGAGCAGCUGGACGAUGACGUCUUCGACUCGCCGCUGUGGUCUCUGCUAUGACGGACUGACUUGGCAAAUAUGGCAGAUUGGCAGCCAUGAACCAUCUAUACAUGUUUCUUUUGGUGACAGAUUUUCUAGUAGGUGAGUUAACCUUAGCUUGGUUUUGCUUCACUGAUAACCAUCAGUCUUUGUCUGCGCAUUUUGCCAAGUAGAACUGAGAGCAUUCACAUGUAAAUAGUUAGAAUUGAGACCAGUAAUUCAGUGAAAAGGUGCUUUACAAUGUUAUCUACAUAGUAGAAUUGAUAUGGAUCGUUUAUAUUUACAAAG